CCGUGAUGAUGACUUCCUCUACGUGUCGGCUCAGGGGAAAACAACAUCAGAAGAGCCCCAACCUGAGUCAAAAAAAAAUCAAAUAACACCGUGUCUCUCCCAAUUGUGAACAACUGGAACACAUUUAUUGAAACAAGUAACUUCCUAAGUAUAAGAUGCCUCAGAACGAGCACAUCGAGCUGCACCGCAAGCGGCAUGGCUACCGCCUGGACCACCAUGAAAGGAAACGGAAGAAGGAGAGCCGAGAGGCACACGAGCGGUCCCACAAAGCUAGGAAGAUGAUUGGUUUGAAGGCCAAGCUGUAUCACAAACAGAGACAUGCGGAGAAGAUCCAGAUGAAGAAGACCAUCAAAAUGCAUGAACAGAGGAACACCAAGCAGAAGGAUGAUAAGACCCCAGAAGGAGCAGUCCCAGCCUACUUGUUGGACAGAGAGGGACAGUCUCGUGCUAAGGUCCUUUCUAACAUGAUCAAACAGAAAAGGAAAGAAAAGGCUGGCAAGUGGGAGGUGCCCCUGCCAAAGGUUCGUGCUCAAGGAGAGACAGAAGUGCUUAAAGUCAUCCGAACAGGAAAGAGACAAAAGAAAGCCUGGAAGAGGAUGGUCACUAAAGUUUGCUUUGUCGGUGACGGUUUCACAAGAAAACCUCCAAAGUACGAGCGUUUCAUCAGACCCAUGGGUCUACGUUUUAAGAAGGCUCACGUCACACAUCCAGAACUGAAAGCAACUUUCUGUCUUCCCAUCCUGGGAGUGAAGAAGAACCCUUCGUCACCACUUUACACCUCUCUGGGGGUCAUCACAAAGGGAACAGUAAUAGAGGUCAAUGUCAGCGAGCUGGGCCUGGUUACACAGGGUGGAAAGGUCAUCUGGGGUAAAUACGCCCAGGUGACAAAUAACCCUGAGAACGACGGCUGUAUUAAUGCAGUUCUACUGGUAUAAGACUCUUAUGUGCCUAAUUACUCCUAUUUACACCAAGAGCAUUGAUCAUAUCGCAGAUGCAAAAGGGGAACUACAUUCACCUGAACCGUUGGGAAGAUGGCUGGAGCUGGGAUUGGCUACAUCUACUGCAACAAAAGGACAGCGAACAGAAAUAAUUGUUUGAUAUAAAUAAACUUGAAAUUACAUUAAA